AAAAUAUCUAAAAGAAGGGCAAUUGCCCCCUUUUGUUUAACGGUGAACUAAAACAUUCAUCUGCCGUUAGAAUAACAUGGGCUGCUUUUAAUAUAAAUUAAUAAAAGUGGGGCAAUCUGCAAAAAACGUAGAGUUUAUACCCUAAAUUGAUUACCGCCGAUUUGCUUUUCGUAACUAAACUCCUUCGAUUGCGGGCAUCUCUCUGCAACUCAAACUGAAGUUCAGGUUAAGCCACCUGAUUGCCGACAUCUCUCUGCAACUUAUAUUGAAGCUCAUGUUAAGUCGCCUUCCUCUUCUCUCUGCAACUAACUAAGCUGCCUGUCUCUUCUCAGUUCAUUAAAUCUUGUGGGAAUAGCUUGUAAAUUUCAUUGUAAGAAGCUCAGGUUGGAACACAUCAUCUCUUUUCCUUUUAAAUAUCCAAUAUAUACAAACUUUAGUUCAUAUUUCAUAUUUUUCUUUAUUGUAUGUAAAUUAUAUAUGUGUCGUAUGUGUAUUUGCUUAUUAUGUAGCUUAUAUUUAUUAUCUUCUUUUUAUACUUUUGUUCAAAGUUUACCAUCUGUUUUUUUUAUAUGUAGUAUAACUUAGAGCUUUUAGUAAUUAAUUGAUUUUUUUUCAUUUUAUAGAGAUGGUCCAUAUCAUAUGCAACAAUGAACUUGUGAUAAUUUAAAUUGUCUUUUUCUCUUAAUGUUUAAUUGGUCUCUUAGGUAUUCUGUAGUUUUUUUAUUCUUAAUGGCUCUCUUAGGUAUUCUGCAAUAGAAAUUAGGUGUUCUGCAAUUCCUAGUUCUUAAUGGUUCUCCAGAGUCAUCAUUAUUAAAAUCGAUAUGUUGAAUUAAAACUUGGGUUAUCUCUUUUCCCGAUAAAUUAGCUACUCUCUUGCAAAAAUAAGCAAAUUGUUAGAUUUUGGAACACCACUUUAGAUGUAAUCUAAUUCAUCUACCUUCAUUCUGUGACAAAUAAUAAAAAAAAAAUCACUAUAAAAGAUCUAUGUUAGAAUUAGAAGAUAAAAUUGCAGAAAACUAACAAGAAAAAUUUUCAUACCUUAAAAUCCAACAGUUUGCUUAGGUGUGACUAUGGGACUUCCCAAUGCCUCUGAAUUGCUUGUAGCCUAAAUUUAAGACUCAACCAUAUCCAAAUUCUGUGACAAAUUUUUGAUUAUUUGUCACAGAAUGAAGGUAGAUGAAUUGGAUUACAUCUAAAGUGGUGUUCCAACCGACUAUGUUAAUUAGUGAUAUAGAAGAUGAUAAUGAAAGUGAACUGCAAGAAGUCAGUAGUGAUGAAGAAUCUGGGGGAAAAGAAAGCUCUAUAGAGGGUAAUGAAAUACUUCAUGACAAACAUAGUUGUGGGGCAGAAAGUGGGGAAAUACAUUUUAUGUUAGGAAUGACAUUUGCUAAUGCAAAAGAAGCUAGAAGUGUUAUAGCUAACUAUUUUGUCAAAAUAAACCCGAAUGAACCUCAAAGUAUUAGGGCGAGAUGUGUGAAUGAAGUAAGUUGUCCGUCCAUUCAACUUAUACAUAUCUAAAGAUGGAAAAAAAUCUUGGUUUAGCUAUGAAGACAUUGAUCAAUGAACAUAAGUGUUUUAGACAUUAUUCCCUAAGUACUGCUUCAACAAGUUGGUUGGCCAAGUAUUUUAAGGACACAAUUUACAAAAUCCAAAGUAUACUGCUCAAAUGAUGAAACAUGAUGCAGAAAAGUAAUUGAAGAUCAAUGUAGCUAUUGACAAAUGUAAAAGGACGAAAAGACAGGUUAUUCAAGAGUUGGAUGGAUCAUUUAAAGUGGAAUUUAGCUAUCUUGCAGCUUAUGUUGCUUCUCUUAAAAGAACUAAUCCAGGCACAAAGGCUGAGAUUGAUUUAGACAAAGAAGCUUUGAAAGAAGGAAGGAGAGUGCUCAGAAGGAUGUUUAUAUGCUUCGAAUCAUGCAAAAGAAAUUGGCCGAAUGGGUGUAGACCUCUAAUAGGACUUGAUGGUGCUUCUUAAAAGGAGUUACUAAAGGUCAAUUAUUAGCAGUUGUUGGUGUGGAUGGUAAUGAUCAGAUGGUUCCAAUAGUUUGGGCAAUGGUAGAUAAAGAAAAUAAAAAUAAUUGGAAGUGGUUUUCAUGUUGGCUAGCACAGGAGCUUGAUUUGGAUGAUGGUUCUAGAUUAACAUUGAUCUCAGAUAUGCAGAAGGGUUUACUUGGAUCUAUACGGUUGAUGGUUCCCCAAGCUGAACUUAGGUGGUGCGCUAGACACGUUAAGGCAAACUGGUCCAAGAAAUGGAAUGGCGGUGAGUUGAAGAAAAAGGUCUGGAUAUGUGCAUGGAGCACAUUUGAAGAAGAAUUCAAGGAAAAUUUAGAAAAAAUGGGGAAAGUAAGUGUUGAUUAAUAAAUAAUUAUAUAUAUUAAAUUAAGUAGAAGCUUUUAUUACUAAAUAAUGUCAUUUUCUUUUUUUAGUUGAGUAAGAAAGUUGCAGAAUCCCUGUUAUGGUACCCUCCUUCGAGGUGGUGCAAAGCCUAUUUUAAUAGGUGAUGUCAUUCACACGUGGUAGACAAUAACACAAGAGGGAAUCUUUCAAUUCAUGGAUAUUAGAACCCGACACAAGCCUAUCAUAAGCAUGCUUGAAGAAAUUAGAACCAAAGCUAUGAUAAGGACAAGAGAGAAUAAGAAGUUGUCAGAUAAGUGGUUUAAUAAUUGGUCACCCAAAUCCAUGGAGUUUUUGCAGGGCAAUAAAGAGCUUGAUGUGGGGUGCAGGAAUUUAAUGGUGAUUCAGGUUACAAGAUAGGGGAAGGUGAUACUAAGAACACAUUUUUUUAAACAAACAACAAUGCACAUGUAGAGGCCGAGUGGGAUCUUACAGGAAUUUCAUGUCCACGUGCACUAUGUGCUUCAUAUCAUAGCAAGAUUGAUCCAUUGUAAUGAUUGCAGAUUGGUAUAGCAAGAAAAGGUACUUGGCUGCUUACCAUUUUCAUAUGCAGCCUAUUCUCGGAAAGAUGUUCAUGCAGUGUGAUCAAUAUGAAGCUAUCGAGCCUCCAAAUAUUGUUAAGAUGGCUAGUAGACCACGACACAAAAGAAUUAAAGCUUCUAAUGAGCGUAAUCCAAAUCCAACAAAAUUGAGCAGGAAAAAGAUUAUACAAACAUGCAGCUUAUGCACUCUUUUAGGUCACAAUAGGACCACUUGCCCAAAUGGGAGCAACCAAGUACCACCACAAGGAAAAACACCAAGAACUAGACCCACAAGUUCAACCAACCCUGAAUCUGCUACGCCUUGUUUGGAGUCUGAGACAAUUAUUGCAAAAUGUGCGUCACAAAUGGGGAUCAAUCCUAAUGCUCAAACCAAAAUGGUGAUACCGUGUGAAAGAACAUUGCGCAAAAAACUCCCUUUUAAAAGAGCAUGUGAGAUCACAAGGAAUAUUCGAUUUUGUGGAGAUGGAUAGUAUGUUAGAGAACCCUCAACACUCCCUUUCUAGUCUUCCGGUUUGAAUUGGGAAGGAAAUCCCGCGAUUACAACAAGACAACUUCAAUCACACCGAGAUAAAGUUGUCAACUAGCAUGAUGGAUGGGGGACAUACUUUAUGGAUAACACAUGUUGAAUGCUAGAUUAUUUGUUGCACUAAGGAUGUUUUUACUUGGACUGUAAUUUGCCCCGGACCAGUCCAGUCCAGACCAGUUCAGACCAGACCAGACUUGGAUAGUUAUAAAAAUACAAAGAAACCAGACCUUACCAGACCUUACCAGACCAAACCAGACCAGUUCAGACCAGUUCAGACCAGACCAGACCAGACCAGCAAAUUACAGUCCAAGUAAAAACAUCCUAACCGAGCAUAUUGUUGCUACAAUUUUUUUUAUCAGUCAUCACUUACUGAUAUGAUUUAGAAACACAUAGCUAUAAUUCACUUUUUGACAAAGGUGUUAAUUUUGUGAGGCCAACGAAUAUUCUAUGGAUGAAUAUAUAUGUAUUGAUUUUAGGACUAAUAUGUUCUAGAUUUUACUUUUACAAAGCAC